GCCCCAGCCGCCAGCAUCCAUUCCAGCUCCCGGCCCAGCUAUGGCAUCCCUGCUACCCAGCCGGACCUUGCCCUUGACCCUGGUCCUGAUGGUUGUCCUGGACCCGGGGGCUGCAGCAGUCUUCAACAUCUCAAGCCUCUCCGGCCUGCUGUCCCCGGCGCUAGCGGAGAGCCUGCUGGUUGCCCUGCCCCCCUGCCACCUCACAGGGGGGAACGCCACCCUGAUGGUCCGGAGAGCCAAUGACAGCACAGUGGUGACAGCUGGCUUUGUGGUGCCCCCCUGCCGUGGGCGAAGGGAGCUGGUGAGUGUGGUGGACAGCGGGGCUGGCUUCACGGUCACCCGGCUCAGGGCAUACCAGGUGACAAACCUGGCGCCAGGAACCAAAUACUACGUCUCCUACCGGGUGCAGAAGGGGACAGCCACUGAGUCCAGCCGAGAGGUCCCCAUGUCCACCCUUCCGCUUGCCAGAUACAGACUCCGUGUGGUUGAGCCACCACAACUGCCUGUGAGGAAAAGCCCCUCCCCUGAUGAAGAUGGUCCAGACACUGAGCCCAACCUGUGGAUGUGGGUGAACCCCAACAUCGUGUUUCCCCCUGGAAAGCUGGAGGUCUCACAGCCCAGGAAGGGGGAGGGCUUGACCAGCAUGCUCCCCUCCCCUCCGCUGCCCCCGAAAGAGGAAGACUGUGCCCACUGCUCAAAGGUCGAUGCCGCGGAGCUGCUGCCUGCGUCCUCCAGGGAGCUGUCUCCCCCUCGGAAGCAACUCCCUUCUUCCCCCAGCAGCUCAGAGCUCACAGAAGAGGAGGCUAAGGACCAGCACGACCGCUCCUCUGUGGCUCUCCUGUCCCCUCACAAAAGGGCCCCCCUCCAGAGUCGGAGGCUCCGGCAAGCCACCAGCCAGGAGGGGAGGCCCUGGCCCCGGCCCCCCCUCCAUUACUUCCACCUCAUAGCACUGGCACUAAGAAACAGUCCCCCCUGCGGCCUCAACGUGCAGCAGAUCUACAGUUUCACCCGACAGCAUUUCCCCUUCUUCCGGACGGCGCCCGAGGGCUGGAAGAACACCAUCCGCCACAACCUCUGCUUCCGAGCCAGCUUCGAGAAAGUGCGGGCCAGCACGCAGGCCGGGGCCUGCCUCUGGAAGCUGACGGAGGAGGGACGCCGCCGCUUCGAGGAGGAGGCCCGGGCCUUGUCCUCGGCGCAGCUGGAAAGGAUCCAGCAGUGCAUGAGCCAGCCAGGUGUGAUGCCCUUCCUCUUUGACCUGUAAGUCCAAGGCGGAGAGGCAGCUUGUGCCGUAUUAAAGUUCCCUGCAGCAGCCAUGUGUGUGUGUGUGUGUGUGGUCUCUGAGGAGGGGGAGGGGAAAGGGGAGGUGAGCUCUGAGGUUGGGAAUGGGGUGUCCUCAGAGCUGCUGGAUGCCCCAGAGGCAGUGGGGCAGUGGCCUGGUGUGCAGCAAAGGGCUCCCAUACUCUUCCUCUCCUCAAAGGAAGAAAAUACUUACCGUCUUUGGGAUCCUGGUGCAAUUCCCACUUUUCCUUUCUAAAUAUAU